GGAGGAGUGGGCGUUCCUAGGCAUGUUGUCAGGGGAGGAGCCGGUAUACCUGUGCAAGACUGGAGGGGAGGAGCUUGUAUACCUGUGCAAGACUGGAGGGGAGGAGCCGGUACACCUGUGCAAGACUGAAGGGGAGGAGCUGGUACACCUGUGCAAGACUGAAGGGGAGGAGCCGGUACACCUGUGCAAGACUGGAGGGGAGGAGCCGGUACACCUGUGCAAGACUGGAGGGGAGGAGCCGUUACACCUGUGCAAGACUGAAGGGGAGGAGCCGGUACACCUGUGCAAGACUGGAGGGGAGGAGCCGGGACACCUGUGCAAGACUGAAGGGGAGGAGCCGGUACACCUGUGCAACACUGGAGGGGAG